AUGGCGGAAAAGUCAUCGGUUGGGGAAGCAACGGCAUCGUGUGAUGAUGUUGAAGAUUGCUACAGAGGACAGAGGGUCUCGGGGGCGAGCGGAGACGACAUCACACUUGAGAACACGUUUGAAAUGUCACAGUACUCCCAGACAGGCUCGCUAUCGUCAUGCACUCCGUUGUCGAAAGACCAACGGUACAUCCGGACCGUUGCUCAUGUAGACUUUACCAGGGCAUUGCUAGCACAGAAGCCGAGUCCUUGGACAAAGCCCAUGCUCAGGCUGUAUUGCUAUCUGUUUGUAGCAUUCUUGAAUUCUUGUAUUAAUGGGUAUGAUGGAUCGAUCAUGGGGGGAAUCAAUGCUAUGUCGACAUAUCAAAGGUUUGUCUUCCUUUGCUAUUAUAUUGCUAGUAUGCCCUAUUAGGAUUACUAAUUAUUUCUAGAUAUUUUAACAUGAAAACGACUGGAUCAUCAACCGGCAUUGUCUUCGCGAUGUACUCCAUCGGGCAUUUUUCGGGGUGCUUCAUUUGCGGACCGUUGACGGAUAGCUGGGGCAGGCGUUGGGGAAUGUUUAGUGGGGCGCUCACGGUGAUCAUUGGAACUUGCGUGCAGGCACUCUCAACGACACACGCCUGGUUUAUGGGUGGAAGGUUUAUCCUGGGGCUUGGUGCCGCCAUCCUGACCACUGCGGGGCCGGUAUAUGUUGCUGAAAUGGCACAUCCCGCUUGGAGAGGAACGCUCACUGGGUUAUAUAACUCCUUCUAUUGUGUUGGUGGGGUAAGCUAUGCCUGUCAGCUGUGUCUUCUGGCUUUCACAAUUCUGACGUUGGGUAAUUAGAUUGCAGCAACAUGGACGAUGUACCGAACCCAGAACUGGACCUCCGAUCUCUCCUGGAGGCUCCCUAUCUGGCUACAAGCUGUGGCGUCGGGCACGGUGUUGCUGCUGUGCCUUUGGUGUCCUGAAACCCCCCGUUGGGUAAGCCUUGACUGCCACAUGGUGUCCUCUCUACGUAGACUAACUAGCCGUCACAGCUGAUAUCAAAUGACCGCAAUGAGGAAGCAAUUCGGGUCCUAACAACCUACCAUGGCGAUGGAAACCGCAAGUCUCCCUUCGUCCUUCUCUCGUACAAAGAAAUGUUGGAAGAGAUAGUUCUCUCUGGCUCCGACAAGCGUUGGUGGGACUACUCCGAACUCUUCAAUUCCACAAGCGCAAGAUGGCGUAUGGUGUGCGUUGCAGGAAUGGCGUUCUUCGGUCAAGUAUGUUUACCUAUUUCCCUCAUUUCCUCCCAACAACAUGGUAUCAAAAAACCUAACGGGACUAUAGUGGUCCGGAAAUGGCGCAGUAACCCACUUCCUCCCAGUCCUCCUCGACAACGUCGGUAUAAGAGCAGAGGCAACCCAGCUCUUGCACAACGCAAUCUUGACCGCCAUCUCCUUUGGCGCAGCAAUCGUCGGAUGCCUCCUUGUAGACCGUGUGGGCCGUCGGGUAGUCCUAAUGAUAGGCACAGGCCUUUUCGUCGUCUGGUGGACCAUAAUCACGAUCUUAGCGUCCUACUACGGGAAGGAAUCCAACACCAAUACUGCCGGAAGCACGGCUACUAUCGCUUUUAUAUACCUCUUUGGAAUCACCUACUCGGUCUCAUAUACGCCUCUGCAAGCACUGUAUCCAGUCGAGUGUCUGAAGUACGAGACAAGAGCUAAGGGGAUGGGGGUGUUCGCUUUUUUCACCAAUAUCGCCACGCUAUUCAAUUCUUAUGGGAUUUCGGUCAUCAUUGAGAGGAUUAAUUGGGGCUUUUGCUUUCUUUAUAUUGCUUGGGACAUUUUUGAGUUGAUUAUUAUCUAUCUUUAGUAUGUUCCCUUCUUCCUUUCCACUUCCUUUCUUCCCUCUUUCCCGAUAGCCCGCUGACCAACUGAUGUCGUGCAUAGCUUCGUCGAGACUCGUUCAAGAACCCUCGAAGAGAUAAACGAGAUUUUCAAGCACCCUAUGCCGCGAAACAAGUCUUUACAGAAACACGUCAUUCUUGUGACUCAGAAUGGGGUAUUGUACCAGGGACCAGAAUGGGAUCAGCAGAACCUCGAGUCCCCACCACCAUCAGGGCAGAAGUUUUGAAAGUGUUUUGCGGCGGAAACAAAUUCAUGUCUCCCCCCCCUUAUCCUUAUCCUUAUCAUUACUUGUUAUAAUGAGCGGGCGGCGCGGCGUGCCAGGCGUUUGUUUGUGUGCUUUGUAUGUAUUUUUAUCAUCGUGUCCUUUCUUUUCCCCGUUCUUCCGGCGCGUAUGGGGUGAUUUUUUAUUAUUGAUGGCGUUACAAAAGCCCUAAUACUAUUAACUGCAUAUGCUGUACCUUUUCAUUUAUUCAUUCUUUUUCAGACUCGUGUAUCCGUGAUGGUGUGUCCGGAGCAUCGUAUCAAUAAUACCGUUACCAUAGCUUGUACAAGUAAUACUAGGUUCAGCAUUUCGUCCAAACUCCUGCAAUGGGCCCCAUGUGAUUAACAGAGCGAUAGUCAAGCGCGCUAUACCGAAUACCGGUAGUUGUGCCCCGAUUUUCAAACCCCUUCAUGGUUGACAAUCGGCGGAUGUUAAUUAGCCUGAUAUCAGCAUCAGGUGAACUUUGUAUACUUGGAAUCGAACCACUUUUUGCGCGUGUGUGUGUGUGU